AUGUGGCCCCUCAACACAGCCCCCUCCACACAGUCCCCUCCACACAGCCCCCUCCACACAGGCCCCUCCACACAGCCCCCUCCACACAGGCCCCUCCACACAGCCCCCUCCACACAGCCCCCUCCACACAGCCCCCUCCACACAGGCCCCUCAACACAGCUCCCUCCACACAGGCCCCUCCACACAGCUCCCUCCACAGACCCCUCCACACCGGCCCCUCCACACAGCCCGCUCCACACAGCCCCCUCCACACAGCCCCCUCCACACAGCCCCCUCCACACAGCCCCCUCCACACAGGCCCCUCAACACAGCCCCCUCCACACAGGCCCCUCCAUACAGCCCCCUCCACACAGACCCCUCCACACAGCCCCCUCCACACAGCCCCCUCCACACAGGCCCCUCAACACAGCUCCCUUCAUAAAGCCCCUCCACACAGCCCCCUCCACAUAG